AUGUCCGAAAAAAGUCGUUCAAGCCACUCAAAGAAAGAGCUGCGAAACGAAAAGCCUCGUAUUUUUAAAUUUGCAACUUCAUGCAAUGACGAAAUAAUGCACAAGGUGACCCUUCGGCCAGCUGAAGGUUUAUCGAAGCUCCAGAAAUUGAUCCAAACUAAACUUAAGAAAGUUGACUAUGGACUUGGUGGUGGAGCAUUCCCAUAUGGUCCUUCACUUAUCACCUAUAUGGAUGCUAACGGUGAACAGAUUUCAAUGACCACAGACGAAGAUUUCUUGGAAUGUGUUGCAAUAGCUAAAGAUUCGAAUAGUAGAGUUGCAUGUUUGACAGUAUUUCAAUACCAAAUCCCCAAAACCUUAAUAAUAAUGGGGCCACCUAUACUUGCGCUUGUAGCAACUAUUAUUCUUUUUCUUAUACUGGAAUAUGCUACGGAGAUGAUGGGUGUGAAAUUUUGUUCUUUUUCAUGA